AUGCCGAGCCAAAAUAGUUUUCCCAUACCAACCGAAAUCGCAACAAUAUCACACGCUGCUGCUCCUGUGGCUCACCACGGAUCUUCGUCGCCCAGACGUAUGUACGACAUUGUCCCGUCUGAUAGCGAGGCCAAGUUAAGCCCCGAAACCGAAGACAUGAGCUCGAUGGAGGAGCUAGUCUGCUUUGGCACAAUUCCUCGCAUACAUACGAAAUGUCACCGAUCAGGCCGAUCAGAUUUCCCGAAGAAUUUCGCAGUGGAGCUUGUGUCCUGGGACCGGUUCAGCUCAACGGAGACGGAACUCGGUGUCCGUGGAAGAAUUCCACCAGAGAAUGGGCAGAUGAUUCAAGGUCUCUUGGAAGAACCAUCAGUGGAACUCGAAGUCUCUUGCAAUAUCGAAGGACCAAAUACUUCUGCCAGCUCUGACAGGUCCAUUACGCAAGUGUCCUGCUCUUUGGCUAUCACUGUCUACGGCUUUUUCGGGCUUUUUGAUGAUAUCGGAAGCUGGCUCCAGGACUACCGCGUCCACCUUCAGGAUCCAGUUGACGUGGAGAGGCCGGGAGUAAAGUACUGUAACCCACACCGGCUAUCAGUCGAAGACAUUAGUUCUUGUCCUUUGGUCUCGACAUGUGUCUUUCAGAAUUCGAAACUCAAUAGACUUCAGGAGAUAGACAAUCGACCUGAUUUCUUGGAUAUCUUGAGCAGCCAUGCUGAUUUGGAAGAAGCAUCGCAGCCGAGAGCCGUUCGGACGAGCCUGCAAAGACACCAAAAACAGGCGCUCACAUUUAUGCUCAAUCGGGAGAAAAGUUGGACAUUUGAUAAGGAUGGCGACAUCUGGGAGGUUCGAGAAACCUACGCAGGGCUUCAAUUCAUAAACAAGGUUUCUGGGACUGUCCACUUCGAGGAACCACCGGUCUUCCGAGGUGGCAUCGUUGCGGAUCCAAUGGGGCUUGGGAAAACAUUGACGAUGAUUGCUCUCGCCGCCACAGAUCUCGAAUCAGUACAACAUGGAGAGUUUCCCAUGAUCGACAAUUCGAUUGAGCAUCGUGACAACGGUGUUACACUGAUAAUUGUACCUCCUCCGCUUCUCGGCACCUGGCAAGAACAAUUGUUUGAGCACCUGUUCGAAGGAAAGAUGAGUCUGCGGCUUCAUUAUGGAAAAGCAAAAUUGGUCGACCCAAAAGACUUGCAAGGUGUUGCGAUUGUGCUAACAACAUAUCAUACGGUGUCGGCUGACUUUAAGAACAAGGGAAGAGACAAGGAAUCAUCAGUCUUGUUCUCGACCCAGUGGCGAAGAGUUGUCCUGGACGAAGCACACUUCAUCCGCAACGAAAAUAGGCAAAUGAGUCGCGCGAUUUGCGAUCUCCAAUCGAGCGUCCAUUGGGCAGUCACUGGUACUCCCAUCCAGAACCACCUAGAUGAUCUUUCGGCUCUGCUGAAAUUCAUCCGGGCCUACCCCUAUCACCAGCCCAAGCAGUUUAAGGCUGACAUAUCCACUCCAUGGAAACUUGGCGAGGAAGAAAAGGCCAUCAAUCGUCUCAAACUUUUAUCAGCGUCACUUGUUCUCCGGCGACCAAAGACAACGAUAUCACUUCCACCACGGCGAGACUCGCAAUGUCCCAUCGAAUUCAGUCCCGAGGAGAGAAAGGCCUACGAAGAGGUCCGGAACCGAGCCAUCACCAAAAUCGAGGAGGCUCUCCAACCCGGCCCAAACACUUCAUCAAACGAGAAGGACGUUUCUUUCGCUGCCUCAAAUUUUGCUGCGGCGACGAUCGAAGUUUCUGGAUCCCUGGAGAGUGCGAGAUUGGAAACUGGCAUUGAGCUGCCCUCAAAACUCCAGGCUCUGGUGACUGAUAUCAAAUCUCUUCCGAUAACAACCAAAUGUGUUGUAUUCUCAACUUGGAGACUAACUCUAGACCUCGUGGAAGCUGGGUUAAAUCAACACUCUAUAGCUAAUGUUCGCUUCGACGGAAAGGUGCCUCAGAAAGAGCGGCAGAAUGUGGUUGAUCGAUUCAAGAACGACCAAGAUACUCGGGUCAUGCUCCUCACUUUAUCUUGUGGCGCUGUAGGACUCACACUGACAGUAGCAUCACGCGCAUAUCUCCUAGAGCCGCAUUGGAAUCCUACCCUUGAGGAGCAAGCACUUGCCAGGAUCCAUCGCAUCGGACAGACAAAGGAAGUGUCUACAAUUCGCUUCUAUAUCAGAGAUUCAUUUGAGGAGCAAGUCAUGAAACUCCAAACGAAAAAGAAGCAGCUCGCAGGUUUGUUGCUCGCUCCACAUGAUGGCGGAGACGCAGAUGAAAAUCUGGGAGGAUUACAUAACCUCAGAUCCUUGCUGUAG